AUGUCCAACGCCUCCCAACUCCUGCUCCUAGCAGACCACAUCAAGCUCUCUCUCCUCGAGCGCCAACGCGCCAUCUCACUUAACCUCGACCCCAAUCCCUCCCAAGACUCAAACAUCUCCCGCUCCCUCGAGUCCUUCCGCGAAGGCAUAGAGUCCCUCGCCUCGCGCUCUUCCGACAACGACCAGAUCUCCAACUUGCGAUCCCAGUAUCAUGAUCUUUCCAAACAGUUCCAUGGCGAUGCCUCGACGACAGCAGAGACGACGCUUACAUCGCCCAAUGACCCUACAUUGAAGAACGACUUCGCGCACGCCCGGUCUCGACCUAGUCAAGAACAUGGUGCCCGACCGAACAUGACCAAAUCCUCCAGCUUGCGCGGCAAAGACAGCCUGUCAGCUUCAAACAAGAAUGUCCGCUUCCGCGACGACCCUUCCCAGGAUUCGCUGGACGAUUCACCAGAAGACGAUGAUCCCAAUCGCGCUUCAUUGUUUCCUCAGCGAUACACCGACGACCCGUCUCCCACUCCAGACCCAACAGCAGAUAUGACCAACACGCAAAUCCACAGCUGCCACCAACAAGUCCUGCAAGAACAGGACGACCAGCUCGACACUCUAUCCGAGUCGAUCGGACGACAACGGCAUUUGGCGAUGCAGGUGGGCGAUGAGUUGGAAGGGCAAGUUGCACUCUUGGAUCAGGUGGAUCGAGGUGUCGAUCGGCAUCAGGGACGUUUAGAUGGCGCGAGAAAACGGCUGAAGGGUGUAAGCAGUAAGGCAAAGGAGAAUUGGGGGAUGACCACGAUCGUGGUGCUGAUUGUUGUUCUGGUGUUGUUGAUUGUGGUUUUGAAAUGA